CCACCGUUCGUGCGCAUUCUCUCUCUCUCUUUUUCGGGCUCCAUCUCUUUCGCUCGUUUACUCGUUCUCGAAAGCGUUUCUCUCCUUCUCUGGCUGUCAUCUCCUCGAAUUGCGAAAGGCGUUUUGUGUGCUCGGCCACCCCUCUCGCGAUCUGUCCCUCAAAAAUCAGCCCCCUACUGAAGCUGUCUCGAACGAGGAGUAAUUGUGGCUGUGAACACAGCGAAGAUGCGACUGCCUGUCCUGGCUGUUUCCGAGAGCUCGAGCUCGAAGAAAACAUUAUGCGUACUGCCUGAAGAGAUUAUUUACGAGAGAAAAGGCAAUCAUACUGCCCUCACACCGCUGGAAGAUAUGUCCGCGGGACGAGGGCAGGCGGGUGGAGGGCCUCCUCAGAACUGUCAGAAGGUUUUUAUACAGCGUGACUACAGCGAAGGUACUAUAGUCAAGUUCCAAACACGGUUUCCCUCGGAACUGGAAAGUAGAUUGGACAGACAAUUGUUUGAGUACACUAUCAAUCAAUUGAACAACUACUUUGCUGAGGCGGAGCAUGCCACCUGUUCUACGUACUGCGAGAGCUGCCUAUACUGUCUCACAGGUUAUUUAAUAAGCAUAUGUACCGAGACGCACUAUGAGAAGUGUCUGCGUAAGGUCGCCCAGUUUGUCAGCGAGCAAAACGAUCGGGUAUACAAGCCGCGCGGCCUCCUGCUGACAGACCCAACGACGCGCGGGCUCAGGCUAAUAGAGAUCUCGGUACUUGACAGACCUGCAUCGUGACUGCACAUUAGCCGAUCCAGGGAGUUCUUCAUGUGACCCUCCACGCAGCAGCACUCUGGACAUUACCUCGCCAGAAUUACGGACAUGCACGCGCUCGUGAGUGCUUGUCGGCACAAUUAUGGGGCAUAUCGGUUGGUUUGAAUCGCAUUUUCGCAAGGUGCAGAAGUUCUACGAGGCUCGAAGGCAAAUUUUGUCCGUCAACGAUAUCUCGUGGCCGUCGCAAAUUGCUCAGGUGCACCUUGCACGAUCUAAUCUUGCCGAACACGCGUACGAAGAAGAACCGAGGUUCUCUUGUCGUCGGGUCGAUUUUUGAUAAUGCACGUAUGCAAGCUUCUGUAAGGUCAACCUAAUUGCGACAAGAGAGUCUCGUUCCUUCGCAUUCGUGAUGUCUCGAUCCUAAAGUGGCGGUUGCAUGUUCUCGAGCGAGGGUGUGCAUUGGAGCGCGUGGAUGCGUGAUAACGAAGCCGUGGGCACUUCUAUAAGUUCAAUUUUCUAUAUGCGUACACGUAACAUAUAACAUACGAAAGUAUAUGAAGUGUAUGUGGCGAAUCAGGAUGUGGUUAUGAAAGCAUGACACUUCGCGUGUUCGUGCACGUUGCUGAACGAUGCAAGUUUAGUUUGACCGCGAGCCACCACGUUGAUUGAUUUGUCAUGUAUACGACGGGGUCUAUAGAUAUUUUUUUACUGUUCAUUUAUGACUUUAUCGUAUCACCUGCAUUUAAUUAAUGAGACGUGAAUGAGAUGCGUGUCUGCGUGAAUUACUUAGCGAGGAAAUGGCAUUCGAUCGAUUAGCGUCUGUAGCGCAUGUUUUAUUCAGAUUUCGCCGAGGUACGAGAAGGGAAUUCUCGUUCUUGACGAUGAUGGAAAACGAUUUUUCAUCUUCCGAGAUGUAUCUUCCAUUGCAUUUGUGUAAUAACGCGCAAAAGCGUAAAAUCUUUUCGCAUACGUAUGUACUAAUUGGACAGGAUGAUAUUCAGUUUGUCGCACGUGUGGACGCUUCUCGACAGCGAUAGAAGACGGUAGAUUCGAUUGGAAAUUACUGACAUAAACACUCAUUGCGCCGUGAAAGAAACCCGUGGAUUGGCUAAAAAGAAAAAAAGAAAAGCAAAAUUGUGUAAAAAAAACGGUGAUAUAUAAAAAGUAAGUUACGUUUACAAAUUGAUUGGCAUUGUGAUCAAGGCGAAGCGGCCGUUUGCGAUGCGGCGCGAAAUCUCGUACGCUUUAGUCCGCUCUCUCAGUUGAAACCGGACGCACUUUUCCAUAUUCCGUUCCCGUUAAUUAGUUGUAAAUAAUAAUGAUCUCAAACGAUACAACGACGCAACACCAUGUCUAUCAUUACUUUUCUUCGCGCUUUGGGAGCCUAAAGUAAUUAUAACGCGCAAGACCAAACGCCAGAAAGACGGUCUCUUACAACCGCUUCGAUCGGGACGAACGUCGAAUCAAUUUACUAUCGAUUAGCUCGAUUUUCAACAUAACGUGAGUCUCGCGCUGAGACCGAGGCUCGAUAACGGCGUCGAAGAUCUCGCGUGUCUUGUAUUCACAACGUCGGAAUUCGGGCUUUUCGAGGUUUCUCUUUCUUUGAAAGUCUCGAUUUACACGCGCUUUGUCGACGCUUUGCAUCGAGCACAACGGCUAACGAUCUCUCUUUCUCUUACGUUCUUGAUCACAAUGCCUGCGGAGCCUGACCGACGUUGUAAUGCGAUGUUGUUUGCUGAAAGGAUCUUGCCAAAUAAGCGUGUCACUGCCUCGACAUACGAUUUCCUAAUAAGCGCGUAAUACGAGCGCUCGGAGGGGAUCUACGGAUCGGAGAUCCUGUCGAAGGGAGACGACGAAGGGAAAUCUCCGAGAUUGAGCGAAAAAAAGAGAUAGCGAAAAAAAUAUGGUGAAAGGAGAACCGUGAACAAACGGGAAGCCGCAGGAAGGAAGUCUCCUGGGGGAAUUACGGGGGAGUUUCUCGUCAACCAAUUCUUUCGGACGUCGCAAUAUCACGGUAUCGCAUAGGGCUCUGGACUGCAUGUGCGAUCGCGCAUGUUUGCAUAUAAUGUAUAUAUACCUGAUUAUAAUCGUCGACACACACACAAACACACACGAAAUAUAAGGAGACGGAAGGAGGCGAAAUGAAAAAGAGGGAAUCAUUUGUUAUACUUAAUUUAAUUUAGUAGGACCAAUAUUGGAUUGAUGAUCCGUAACUGUAAAGGACACCAUCGUACGAGUGUAAUUUCUCAUUGUUUUAAUAAUAAAAACGGCGUAAAUAUAA